GGGGGCCCUGCAUUAGGUUAUUAGAUACRCAGGCUUGAACAGAGCUUAUUUCUGCUGUGCAGCCUGUGAACCAUAGUGUCUGAGAAUUACUGUUUGAUCUACGACAUGACUGACAGAAUGACUUUCAAAGCGGUCUUCAUCCCAGUUCUGUACUCUGUGGCAUUUGUUGUGGGUAUUCUGGGAAAUGGAUUGCUGCUGGGAGUCCUGCUUCRGAGCAGGAAGACCUGGAGCGUGACGGACACCUUCAUCCUUCACCUGGGUAUCUCAGAUAUCCUGCUGCUGGUGACGCUGCCCAUCUCUGCUGUACAGUCUGCUAGURAAACAGGAUGGACAUUUGGUAACCCACUAUGCAAAAUUACUGGAACUAYUUUUACGAUCAACUUCUAYAGUGGGAUUUUCCUCCUGGCCUGCAUCAGUUUGGACCGCUACCUGUCCAUUGUCCAUGCUACUCAGAUGUACACCCGCAGGAAKCCCUGGGUGGUUCAAGUCAGCUGUUUGGUGGUUUGGUUGUUUUCUCUGCUCCUCUCUGUCCCUGAUUGGAUCUUUUUAGAAGUUGUGGAUGAUUACAGACGAAACAGAGCUGAGUGUUCUCGCGAGUAUUACAAAUUUGGUCCAGAGUACGCUAGUGCUUUCAAACUAGCAGCACGGGGUUUGUACCACUCAGUGGGCUUUCUGCUCCCUUCAGCUAUCCUGAUCGUCUGCUACUCCUGCAUCCUGUGGAAGCUGCGGUGCGGCACCCAAGGCCUCCAAAAGCAGAGAGCUUUCAGAGUCAUCAUAGCUGUGGUGGCAGUUUUCUUUAUCUGCUGGACCCCAUACAAUAUCACUCUCAUGAUAGACACCAUUCAGCAAAACAAUAAAACCUAUUCAAGUGAAGUGAACACUUCUCUGGGCAAAGCUCUGGCGGUGACAUCAUCGGUGGGCUACCUGCACUGCAGCCUCAACCCCAUCCUGUACGUUGUUGUUGAUGUGAAGUUCAGGCGUCAGGUGCUGAACAUCCUGGGCUGCUAACAGUCAAUAAAUCUGUAAUUCAGUUUUAUUUUAUACUUGCUUCCAAAUCCUCUAAAAGAACAUACAUAUUGUGUUAAAAUGGACAUAAAUUAAAAGACAUACAAUUUUAAAGUUUAACAGUUUCUCAGCACAUGACGUUCAAGAGUAAUUAGAUUAUUUUUUCUUUUUUUUACUCUUUUUUCCCAGUUUUUUAUUUUCAUCUCUAUGUAUUUUUUUCUGAUCAUCAUUCAUUGUCAUAUAGUAAACAUAUACAGUGUAAUAUAACAAGCUCAGGACAACUUAAAGUAAAUGUGACACAUCUUAAUACUCCUAAUAAAUUUUUAUUGUAAUUUCAGUGCUGUAUGUUUUGGAUUGCAGAAUAAACGUGCAUUUUUUUAAAUC